CUAUCGCCCCAGGACUUCUUACGGUUGUACAGAACUUGCCGCCUCGCCAGGGAUGUUGUCGCCACUUUCAUCAAGGUCGCUUUCGACGUGAAUGCCACCCUGAAGCGAUUUGUACCGGACCCCCUCGCCUUUCGCUCUCUCCAAGCCCGCACAGGCACCCUAAUCUCAGGGUCCAUCGCGCUACAAUUCUUUGAUCGCGCGGUCUAUCCCGAGUCCGAUCUCGACCUCUACGUCCACUCACAACACCGUCGCGAAGUAGGCAUGUGGCUCUUGAGCAUGGGAUACACCUUCUUCCCUAGCCGCAGACAGGAUCCCCGCUUCAAGACCACUGUUUUAAACGCCGAACAAAGCAGAGGUCUCCACUAUGUGAUGCCUGGUGUUUCUGCGAUCUACACGUUCCGGCGCCAGGUGGGCGAGCAACACCUCAAAGUUCAGAUCAUUGUUGCGCGUCGGGCUCCUAUGGAGGUGGUCUUAGGUUUUCACUCAACAUGCGUCAUGAACGUGAUAUCGUAUGAGAAGGCGUAUUGCCUCUUCCCUCGAGCGACUCUGGAGGAGCGUCGAUCGCUACUCAGCUGGUCUUCUCAAGGCCGUUCCAAGAGACGGGCUGAAGGCCUAGUGAAGUACGCGUCCCGAGGCUUCAAGAUGCUCACACACCUCCACUUCGCCGAGUAUGCCACACAUCAACCCAUCCGCUCCUUUCCGCUCAAACCACGCUGGAUCGGCGACACCGAUACUUGGGUUCUUUCACUG